AAAAGUGUAACUGAGCAGUGGACACCCUCAAAGCUCCAACCUUGUGUUGGCAAUGGCUGGUCUUGCUUUUCUUCACACUACCUCUCUUCUUCUCACCAAGUCUUGCUCCAUCAAAAUGGCCAUAACGGACCACCAGGGUCACAAAAUGAGAGCCCCAUACCAGCUGAAGCAAGGUCAAAGCCGUCUUUUCCACUCGCUCCCAUCUGGUUUGGAAAUGGAGGUUAUCACCCAGAAGAAAAACCCAAAUGAGAGAGGUGGAAAAUCUGAUCAAAACCCACCUCUAGUCUUCAUCCAUGGAAGCUAUCAUGCGGCCUGGUGCUGGGCUGAGCACUGGUUGCCCUUCUUUUCAACCAAUGGCUUUGAUUGCUAUGCUGUUAGCUUGUUGGGUCAGGGUGAAAGUGAUGCACCUACAGCUUCAGUUGCUGGUUCUCUCCAGACACAUGCAGGUGAUGUUGCUGAUUUCAUCCGGAAAGAACUAAAAUUGCCACCAGUGUUACUUGGGCACUCCUUUGGAGGUCUUAUUGUUCAAUAUUACAUUGCAAAUAUAAGGAAUGAACAAUUUCUAGAAAUGGAAAGUUUGUGUCCAAAACUGGCUGGAGCUGUGCUUGUCUGCUCUGUACCUCCUUCGGGUAAUAGUGGGUUAGUAUGGCGGUAUCUCCUUUCUAAUCCCAUUGCAGCUUUUAAGGUGACACGCAGCUUGGCAGCAAAAGGAUUUCAAACUUCUCUGCCUCUUUGUAAGGAAACAUUUUUCUCCGCAACAAUGGAAGAUCAUCUAGUCCAACGUUAUCAAGAGCUAAUGAAGGAAAGUUCAAGGAUGCCAUUAUUUGAUCUGAGGAAACUUAAUGCAUCCCUUCCUGUUCCUUCUGUGCCAAAAUCUUCUAUUGAAGUUCUUGUGGUGGGUGCAAAUGAUGACUUCAUUGUGGAUUCUGAAGGACUCCGUGAAACAGGGAAGUUUUAUGGCGUCUCACCAGUCUGCAUUGAAGGGGUUGCCCAUGACAUGAUGUUGGAUUGUUCAUGGGAGAAAGGCGCAGAAGUAAUCUUAUCAUGGUUAAAUGGUUUAAACAAACAACACUUGAUAUGACCUUGGUGUGUUAAGUACAGAUUUGGCCACUGGUUACUAUGCCAAGUCACCCAUGUCAAGGAGAGACCAUGGCAAGAUCUGAAGGCUUCUGUAUUAUUUUGUUUUAUUCUUCCAGAGAGAAUUUUUGGGAGCUUGAGGCACUGCAUGUUGAUUUCACUACAAAAAUGAGAACAAAUUGUUUCAUGGCUUAGUCAGAUAAAACAUUAUCACUGUCAAAUGAGUGCUCCUAAACAUACUUUUUUGGUCAAUUUUUUUGAAUAAAUUUCUGAAAUAGUUGGAUUUGGUACAGGGA